AGCCUCCGCCGCGCCGCCAGCGGCCUCUACCAGGGCGUCAGCGGCCUCUUCGGCGAGGACAACGUGCGGGCCCUGCAGAAGUUUUUCUCAAGGUUGACAGAGAGGUUUGUGAAUGGGGUGGAUGUAUUAAUGGACACAUUCUGGAGAAUAUGGACUGAUUUGUUAGAUGUUCUUGGAAUUGAUGCCUCCAACCUGACUCAUUAUUUCAGCCCAGCAGCGAUUGCCAACAACCCGACCCGCGCCCUCCUGCUGAUCGGUGCCAUUUUACUGGCCUAUUGGUUUUUAUCUCUCUUCCUUGGAUUCUUCUUCUAUCUCCUGCACAUGCUGUUUGGCCGCUUCUUCUGGAUCGCCAGGGUGGCCCUGUUCACCCUGUCCUGCGUGUACAUCCUGCAGAAGUACGAGGGCGACCCGGAGCACGCCGUGCUGCCGCUCUGCUUCGUCGUGGCCGUCUACUUCAUGACGGGCCCCGUUGGAUUUUACUGGAGAAGAAACAGCAACAGCAGCCUGGAGGAGAAGAUGGACCACCUGGAUAGUCAGAUCAGACUGCUGAACAUCCGCCUUUCCAGGGUGAUCGAGAACCUGGACAGGGGCAGUGAGCAAUGAGCCGGCCCCUCCUGACCACUGUACACCAGCUCCGGAAAAUUCCUAAGCACUGUCUCAUCCGAAGUUACAAAGCAACAAAACAUCACAUGGUAAAAAGUGUGCAAAGUUAUAACUUUUCAUCAUGUCUAAGACUAAUUUAUCUAGGUUAAACACUCAGCUGUUAGACUUCUAGGAGAAAGAAAAAAACAUUUACAAAAUUCAGCUGUAUAUUCAGAGUUUUAUCCAGUACUAGAAUUUUCUCAGUAGAUAAACGCUUACUUUUACAAGCAUUUAAAAACAUCUUUUGUAAAGUUUUUAUAAAAGCAAAUUGAGUAGUCUUUCAGAUAUUGAAAUUGAGUUAAACAUAUGCAAAUUUGACACUUUAACAGUUAAAAAGAAAAAAAAAAUCUCAAGCUACCAAGCACUUCCAUUGAGAAGUAACUGCUGUGGGUCCAUAUUUUUUCUUCAGGGUUGUGAAUGUUUUUUGUGUUUUUGUUGGCUUAUUUCAUUGCCUUGAAGUUGCCUUUCAUGGAGUAUCAGAUGAGGAAUUUUCUGGUAUCCAGGCCAAAAAAUUCAUACCAUAGCUUUUAACAGGAGGUGGGAAUGAGGGAGAAGGAAGAUCUGAAGUCCUGAAAUGCCAGUCCAGUGUGAGGAAGCGCACGUGUGGAGUUUUAUCAUUGCAUCUCAUCCCGAGAACUUUAAUUUGUUAGUGUCUGGAAGGAAAUCUGGUUUAAUAAAUUGGCACAGGAGGAACGUGUAGCGUGACAAAUUGUAAUUCAUAUUCGACCUGCAUAGUGAAGCAUUUUCCAAGCUUAAUUGCGUAGAUUAAAACAUGAUUUUUAAUCUCAGGACCCACGUACUUUCUCAGAAAAAGGAGCAGUUAAAACACGUGCAAAUGUAUUGUUGAUUAAAGCUUUCUCAGGACCAAUAAGCGGCAAUAAAUUAUCUUCAGGAAGAUCUGGAUUUUUUUCUAAAAUUAUAAUAAUUUUAUAGGAGCUUUUUGCUUGGAGUCUGUGUCCUCAUUAGGUUUUGGGAAAAGCGAGUCACCUUUAGGAGGAGGGUGUAGGAAACGGUUCUCUUUCAAAGCGCUGGAGCUUUGGAGCAAUUUUAUUUUGCAGGAUUUCUGUAUUUCUCAGAGCUAACGAGCUUGGUAGGGUAUCACUGGCUGUGCUGGUUUACUGAAACGCAGUGAAACAAAGGUAACCUCAGGGAAGGAAGUCUGGAAUGUGGUUUCACGUGGAAACAGCAGCAUCCAAGGACACAGAUGUGUGUGGAGGGAGGGGAAGCAUCUACCCCCUAGUGAUGAGCACAGUUCUGAUACCCCAAGGGGUAGGAUGGAGCACAGCUGAAGCACUCCAUAGGGUCCAAACGAACAACUACAUCAAAAAGCGCAACAAAAAUUGGUCUGUGGUGGGGCCUGGCUACAAAGCAAAGGAAUGAGGAGGAGGAGGAGGUUCCCCAGGUGUGCCUGCCAGUGCCAGCUCCGGUGGGACAGGCUGGGGCAGCUGAGCACAGCUUGCUCUUCCACUGGGAGAAGCUUUUGUUGGAUGUGAUGCUUAACUGAAUGUAACUGUGGGGCGAAUUUAUUUUUCUCUUUCUGCUGAAGUUUAAUGUUCUUCUUGAAAUGUGUGUGUUACUUGCCUAACCUCUUUGGGUCUGCGUGUGACAUUUCCAUGGAGGUUGUUUUUAAAUCCAUGUUAAUGGCCUUUACUCCUGGUGAUCACUUUGGUUCAACACGGUUGAAGUUCAUAUGCACUUGGCACAGUUGGAAUGCAUUUUAAUUUUUUAUGUCACCUGUAAAUCCCCCUGCACCCCAUUUAUUAACAAGUACAUGGUUUAGAGUUGUUAAAUAACUGGUUAUCACAACUUGAAAUCUUUCCGGUGAACUAUGGCAACAAAUAGUCGACUUUGUCAGCUGAAAAUGUAAAUUACAGUAAAUUCCUUUUUCCAGCUCAUUUUCCACAGUAUUACAGAGUCUUCCCUGUAAACUCAGUCUCCCUGCUGUUGUGCAGAGAGGACUGGGCUAAAACACCAACCUGGAAAUUAGGAAUUGCCUAGUAAAGCUUGUCAGGUCUUGAUGUGUUUUGCCAAAUUUGAGACCUGAGGACCAAAGUUUGCAAACCUUGCUCAAUGUGCAUGGUUCAGUUUGCAUAGAUUGUAUUUUGUGUAAUCCAUAUUUAACACUGAAGUUAAAAAUACUGAGUCAUUUAUAUAUUAAGAGUUGUCUAUGAUAAAGAUUUCUUUAAAAGUAUUACAUAAAAGUUAAUUUGGAUUAUAGUUUCUCCCUGUCUCGCUCUAAUCAUUUAACUUAGUUUUGUAAAAUCAGCCCUCCUUAUAUUAUUGCUCUUCAUUUCGAUCACCCUGCUGCUUGAAGAAUGGUAUUUUUAUAUUUACUUGCAUCCCAUGUAUAGCAAAAUGUUAUGUGAAAAGCAGUAUAUAUAAAAUUGGGUAUUUUUAAUCAGUAUUUUUCCCAGCACUCAGUUUUCACGUUAGUCAAAUUCAGAAGUAACGAUUUUUUUAAAGCACAAUCUAAUCUUCAAUAUAUAUAUAUAUAUAAAUAUAUAUAUAUAAAUAUAUACUUUAAAAAUGCUGUGUAUUUUUAAACAUGCACUGUAGUGAAAGCGCUUUUGGGGACAUGAAUGUGGUAUUGUAUUUAAUCUCUUUCAACUUUUGUAAAUACCUUUUACAAGUGUUUUCCAUACUGGGCCAUCUAGUUUAUCCAUGGAGGUUUUUGCUGUUUUUUAGAAACCCGUGCCAGUGGCUGCGCUGCUUUUGUAUCCCCCAGAGAUGGGCAGGGCUCUGUGGCACCUGGGGACAAAUGGGUGACACCUGGGGGUGGCACAGGACCACCCUCAGCAGGUGACACCGCCAUGGGACAGCCCUCAUCGCUCCUGCUUCUUGCUGUGACUUCACGGAGCAGGGGAGCAGCUCUGCCAUGCUGGGGCACAGGUGACACUGGGACAGGUGACACAGGGACAGCUCCCUGGCUGCUCCCACAGGAUGGAUCCCGCUCCAGACCUUCCUACAGCCACCAGAAAAGCCAUCUCUGCGUGAGCAGCUGGCACAAGCCCCGAGGAUGGGCUUUGGCUGCCGGGGAUUGGGAGCUCCCUGCUCUUCCCAAGCUUUUCACCUGCCUGCUUUGGGAGCCAGCCUUUGGAACUGGCGCAGCGUUUGUCCCGUUGUGGCAGAGCGGCUCCUCCGGACGCACACGCCUGUAGAUAACCGAUGUGUCCUGUGGAAUGUGGCGCUUUCCCAGUGGUUUUGGGUGUGUACAAACCUGGUGUAGCUCAGUGCUGUACUUUUGGCGCGUCCUUCACUUCGUGAUUUGCUUCUCAAGACUCGUUGCAUCGUCGGUGUGGAAAAUAGACCAGUAUCAACCUUAGCUCUUCGGUGGUGUGGAAGUGUUUAAGUGUGGUUUGCCUCACAUACUGAUCCGUAUUUGGCAGCUAAUGGCGUUAAGUGACCAUGAGUUCUCUUUGUCUGGGUUGGAAAAUAAAAGGUUUUAUUGUAUCCGCAUGUAUUUUAAACUUUUUGGAUAAUUCCAUCGACCUGUGAUGACAGCACAUGUAAAAAACGACCUUUUCCUUUUAUUCAGAAGUUAUAUUUGCUGUGGUAGCACUUGUUGUUGGCACUGAUGGUAGUGAUUUCACAUCCUGUUUUGUACAUCAGGUUUCAUGAUUACGGUGUUUAAGUUUGUACAAUUGUUUAUGUAAAAAUGAUUUGGUCUGAAGAGAUGCUGUGUAUUCACUUCUGAUCCUAGACGAGAUCCUACUGGUAAUACUGUUAAGUAGUUACAACUGUACCAGACUUAUUUUUUACAGAGCUUUACAUGCCUUUAUUUAUUCUUUUAUCGGACCAUCCAAACCAUGUACUCCGUAGUUCAGUAUUUGUAGACCAGUUUCACAAAUCAACUUAAGAUAUUGUGGCAAAGCUUCGAAUAAAUGUUUACUGAGACUUUGCACUGA